AUGAGAUCGCGCUCGUUGGGUGCGCUCGGCGUGCUCGCCCUCGUUGGGGGUGCGACUGCCGCUGUCGAGCCCUAUGAACAAUGCGGAGGGACUGGGUAUGCUGGUGAAACCGCCUGCCCACCCAAGUUCACUUGCGUCCAAAUAAACUCUUGUAUGUUUGAUAGAGCUCCAAAGGGUCCAAGGUUUAUACUGAUUGUGUGUGGUAGACUAUUCCACUUGCGUGGAAACCGAAUAUUACCCCUCGGUUUACAACCCCACCGCGAGCCAGUACACGGAUUCUAACUACCAUCCCCCGAGUUAUACCACCAACCCCUACAAACAUUACACGACAACUCCUCCGAAGUACACCAGUUCAUACAAGCCCCCAUACACCACGACUCCAUACAAGCCUUACACCACCGACCCGUACAAGCCAAAAGACGAUUACAAGUCAUACGACGACGAUUACAAGCCAUACACCGACGACUAUAAGCCGUAUGACAGCUACAAGACAACCGAUCCGUACAAGCCUUAUCCGUCCGACUACAAGCCGUCAGUCUACAAGCCGUCCGACUAUAAGCCGUCAGACUACAAGCCGUACGACGACUACAAGUCCGACUACAAGCCUUCAGUCUACAAGCCGUCAGACUACAAGCCGUACCGACGACUACAAGUCCUAUGACAGCUACAAGACAACCGAUCCAUACAAGCCUUAUCCGUCCGACUACAAGCCGUCAGUCUACAAGCCGUCCGACUAUAAACCGUCCGACUACAAGCCGUACGACGACUACAAGUCCGACUACAAGCCUUCAGUCUACAAGCCGUCAGACUACAAGCCGUCCGACUAUAAGCCGUAUGACGACUACAAGUCCUAUGAUAGCUACAAGACAACCGAUCCAUACAAGCCUUAUCCUUCCGACUACAAGCCGUCAGUCUACAAGCCGUCCGACUACAAGUCCGACUACAAGCCUUCAGUCUACAAGCCGUCAGACUACAAGCCGUAUGACGACUACAAGUCCUAUGACAGCUACAAGACAACCGAUCCAUACAAGCCUUACCCGUCCGACUACAAGCCGUCGGUCUACAAGCCGUCCGACGACUACAAGCCUUCAGUCUACAAGCCGUCAGACUAUAAGCCGUAUGACGACUACAAGUCCUAUGACAGCUACAAGACAACCUAUGACAGCUACAAGACAACCGAUCCAUACAAGCCUUACCCGUCCGACUAUAAGCCGUCAGUCUAUAAGCCGUCAGACUACAAGCCGUCAGACUACAAGCCUACCGACGGUUAUAAGUCCUAUGUAAGUUACAAGUCCUACGAUAGCUAUAA